UCUUCUCUUUCACCACCAUCAUGUCUACCGUUGUAUUAAAAAGGACGAAUCAAAAGAUGCCGCUGCUUGGCUUUGGUCUCUGGAAGGUGACCAAGUCCUCGUGUGCAGAUACCGUAUACAACGCCAUCAAGGCUGGAUAUCGUCUGUUUGAUGGUGCUGGAGACUAUGGCAAUGAGAAAGAGUCAGGUGAGGGUGUUCGCAGGGCAAUUGCAGACGGGCUCGUCAAGAGAGAGGAUCUUUUUAUUACUUCCAAGCUCUGGAACACCUUCCACGCCAAGGAACAUGUGCACGCCCUUGCCAAAAAGCAGCUUCAGUUGUGGGGGAUCGAUUACUUUGAUCUCUUCCUCGUUCACUUCCCGAUUGCUCUCGAGUAUGUCGACCCCAACCACCGCUACCCUCCUGAAUGGUGGGGCGAUGACGGCAAGGUUCAUCUCGCGAACACGACCGUUCAGGAGACUUGGACCGCUAUGGAGGAGCUAGUUGAUGCCGGUCUCGCAAAGAACAUCGGAAUUAGCAAUUUCCAGUCGUCUUUGAUCCUAGACCUCUUGAGAUACGCUCGAUACGAGCCUCAGGUUCUUCAGAUUGAAUUGCAUCCUUACCUCAACCAACAGCCGCUUGUUGAUUUCUGCAAAGCAUGGGGAAUUGCGGUUACUGCUUAUUCUUCAUUUGGACCUCAAGGAUAUGUUGAACUAGGCAUGGACAAGUCUGCAGCUAGUCUCUUGACUCUCGACGCAGUCAAAUCAAUUGCGGCUGCAACCAAGAAGACUCCGGCGCAGGUCCUGCUUCGAUGGGCCACGCAACGCGGCAUCGCCGUCAUUCCCAAGAGCAACAGCCACGACCGCCUGGUUGAGAACCUGGGCAGUAUUGAAUUCGACUUGUCUGAUCAGCAACUCAAGAGCAUUAGCGAUCUCAAUCUUGACCUGAGGUUGAACGAUCCUAUACUCAUCGACCCUCGUAUCUCUAUCUUCGCGUAG